AUGACUGACUCUUCUCUGUUCAUUCGCGAGCAAUUGGAAAAGAUCCAGUCGUUCGAUGCGGACCUACGGUUCAUGGCCCUCAGUGACAUGAGUUCGGUCGUGUCUGGACCUGACUUUGUGUCUGUGGUCGCCACCGACUCUCGCCUGGUGGAUCGAAUGCUCACAGCUGUCAUCGAAAAGCUCAACGACCCGAUAUCCGAGGUCCAGAACCAAUCAGUGCGGUGCCUGGAGGUGCUUAUUCGUCAGGUGAGCGAGACGCAGAUCAACUUUGUCAUCCAGACGCUCAUUGACUCCGAUAGCCACUCUGUGGGCAAGAAGGCUGACGCUGGAAUCGAAAGCAACAUCACGUGCACGGCGCUCAAGGCCAUUGUCGGUAAGCUGGAGGCCUCUAGUCGAAACGCCCGCCUGCUGGCCCGUCUCCUCAUUCCCUGGAUGACAAAGCCGGUGUCAGCCUCGUCAGUCGACAUUGUGGACAUUGGCAUCGACUUUGUGCGACGGUUCGGCUCAUCGCUCACUGCCGAGGAAAUUGCCACUCUCAAAACGCACUUUGUGGGUCUCCUCAAGUCGCCUGAGCCAAUGAUCCAGAAACGAGCUGUGCUGGGUCUGUCUGCCCUGGCCCGAUACCUCUCUACACCUGAGUUCGACUCUCUCGUGCAGCACUGCAUUGGCAUGCUGCCAAAACAGCCCAAGAUUGUGGUUACGCUGAUUGGCAGCCUGGUAAGCGGAGAGCCUGCCAAGUUCGCUCCCUACGCCCCCGCCACGUUUCCUCUGGUGUUCGACUGUCUGCAGCUGGACCUGGAGGAGGACCCCGAUGAGGACAACUCGCAGCUGCUGGAGCUGAGAGAAGUUACGCUGUACUCUCUGGAGGGCUUCUUGAAACUGCCCCAGGCGAUUGUCACCACAUUUGUGGAGAAGUUGGUGGAGGCAUCUCGAAAAUUCAUUGUCUACGACCCUAACUUCAUCGACGACGAUGACGAUGAUGAGAACAUGGACGAGGAUGAUGACGAGGAUGAAGAUGACGAUGACGAUGACGAUGACGAGUUUGACUCGUACUCCGACGAUGAGGACCAGUCCUGGAAGCUGCGACGAUAUGCUGCUAAGCUAGCCGACUCAAUUGUCAAGAACUGCGCCCAGACCAUUCUUUCUCUGGUCUACGCCUCUCUCUACCCCUGCAUUCUCAAACGUCUCGCACAGGAGCGAGAGACCACAGUCGUUGUGGCUCUUCUCGACACACUGGGAAGUAUUGUGGUCUACAGCGGGGUGAGUGGAGCUCGAUCGCGGGUUAGACGUGGCUCCGACGCAUCCAUGCGGGUGGUGGAGAACGACCCCAUCGAGAAGCUCGAUGCUACUCGUACAAAGCUCAUCCAGGUGACCUCCAAGUGGCUGACUCAACAGGCUACUGCUCCCCUGGCCGCUUUUGUGUACAGGUCGCUGGCUCAGACCCUCGAAGCACAUGUGCUGGAGGUGAUCCCAGUUCUCCAUAAUGCCGUUAUUGACGGAAAGCAUGCCCAGACUACUCUUCUGGCUGAUGCUUUGGAAAUUUCGCAGAUUGCAGUUUCGAAAACUGACUGGUCGGACUUUACCGAUCAGUACCUGGCCCAAAUUCAGGAUCUGAUCCAGGCCGGUCUUAAGGACACCUUUUUCAAGGUGCCUGUGGCUGCUAUCGAUCUUGUCAUGUGUCUGAUGGGUGUGAAUCCCGAGUUCAAGCCCCGGGACGCCAUUGAGGCCCUCAUCCUCGACUUUGCUUCUUCCACUGCGAUUGAUUCGGAGAUUCGAGUGCGAGCAAUUUCGUGCCUCGGCAAGCUUAACGACGGUCAGGAGAGCCACGCCAUUCUGCUCAAGUCCCUCGAAAAUGAGACAUUCCGACUUGCUGCUAUCGGUGCAGUGCGAGACCUUGUUGAACGUGACCGUGUGACCCGAGGCGAAUUUGCGAGUCACGUGGUUUCACAGCUUGUCACCUUGUUGCGUCAGUCGCAGCGGCUUUUGCGGCUGUCCGCCCUGGAGACUCUCAAGGAGAUGAGUGCAAGCAGUGUGGUGGACACUACUAGCGCAGAGCACGUGAUCUCGUCGUUCUUGAACAAUGGGUCUCGAGAUAUCGACGAUCUGCAGCUCGUUGCUCUGGAAAUUGACGUUAUUGCUAACCUGUUCUCGCUGGUGUCUUCCAACGACAAGCUAGUGCAGCCCGUGAUUGAGCUCCCUCUGAACCACAUCCAUGUGACAUCAGAGCUGUUGGCUGACUCCUUCGUCAACUUUUACGCACAAAUCACAUCCCUGCGGACCGACCUGCGUCAUGUCAUCUACGAGCAGCUUUUGCGAGCCUGUGAUUCCGGCCACAAGGGCAUCUCCACACAAAUUAUUGGUUUUGUCUGUGCUGGUGACGACCAGCUGACUAACACCUACAUUUCGCGAGCCUCUGAGGCUGGUGGCGCCUCUUCUGAGUCCAGAGCUUCCGACCUGCUCAUUCUGGGUUACAUUGGUGCUGCCAAGGCCCUGCCAAUCUCUCCCGAGCUGUUUGCUCCUCAUUUGACAGGAUCCGAUGAGGUAAUUCGAUAUGCGUCUGCGGUUGCUCUGGGUAACUGUGCUCGUGCCAAUCCGAACUUUCUCGCAUACACACUCUCUCUUCUCAACCAGGUCACCUAUCUUGCUCUGGUUGCUCUGCGAGAGUACAUCAAGUCGUCCACGUCUGACCCCGAGCCGCUGUUUUCGCGGCUGUUUGACAUUUCCGAAAUGGACGACAACAUCCAGAGCGUGGUAAGCGAGUGUGUGGGUCGAAUCUGUGUGCGGCAUGAGGCGUAUGUUGGUGACCUGAAGAAACGGCUGGGAGACCCCAACUCUGUCACGCAAGCCAUUGUUCUGUCUUCUCUGCGGUACAUCUUCGGUCAGGUGUCGUCUUCUGAGGACGUUCCCGAGGAUCUGCAUUCUGUGCCUCGAGAUCUAGUAACUCUUGUGGACAAUGUGAAGCAGGACAACACCGUGGAGCUGAGCUUGACGUGUCUGAAUGCCAUUCUGCACAAUGCACCUACUCUGGCUCUCCCUAUUCUGCCAGCUCUUGUGUCCACCUUGAUCACCCACACCUAUGUGAACGCCGAUCUCAUUCGACAGGUGCAGAUGGGUCCUUUCAAGCUCAAGGUUGACGAUGGACUGAGUCUCCGAAAGACCACCUACGACAGUGUUCUGUCUCUGUUGUCCAACAUUGACGCCAAAUCUCUGACCGCUCAUCUUCCCAGCCAGCAGCUGCUUGCGCUGUUUGAGCGGCUUCUUGCUGGUCUUUCCGACGAACACAAUAUCCAGAUUCUGUCGCUGGUGUGCAUUCCCAAGGCCGUGGCUGUGGACAUCUCCCUUCUGGGGGCCCACAUUGACGUUGGAGAAGGCACCAAGCCUGCUGUGAACGUGCUGACUACUACUCUCACCGGUCUGCUCAACAAGGAGGUCAAGGAGAGUGCCAUUAAGCAAGAGUUUGAGAAGAAGAACGAGAUCCAGCGAAACGUUCUGCGGUGUGUUGGUUCCAUUACCACGUUGUUGGACGACGCUCCGGUCCAGCCUCUUACGGAUGUGGAGCUCAACUCGUGGACCGAGUUUGGUCAUUUUGUCGAACGGUUCAAGUAG